GGGCCGACGUCCGUACCAUGCGGUCCCUGCUACCGGCCUGGCGCUUGCCGGUACCUGCAAGGGCUCUGUUGCCGGCCUGUAGUUUAUGCUGCGCUUCCCGGAGGAGACCGGUGCACCAAUGGCGGGGAAGGGCCUCCAGCCCCGGCCUAGGCGAUGGCCCGGCGGCCCGGCCCCGAGCCCGGGAGCGGCCUCCCUGGCGGGUGCUCUUCUUCGGCACCGACGACUUUGCCCGGGAGGCACUGCGGGCGCUGAGCGCGGCCAGGGAAAAUAAAGGGGACCAGCUAGUAGAAAAUUUAGAGGUGGUCACAGUGCCUUCGCCUUCGCCAAAAGGACUACCAGUGAAAAGUUAUGCCCUUCAGGCUCAGCUUCCAGUAUAUGAAUGGCCCAAUGUGGGAUCUGGGGAGUUUGAUGUUGGAGUAGUGGCUUCAUUUGGUCGUCUUUUGAGUGAAGAACUCAUUCUUAAAUUUCCAUAUGGCAUAUUGAAUGUCCAUCCCAGUUAUCUCCCGAGAUGGCGAGGUCCUGCCCCUGUAGUUCAUACAGUGCUUAAUGGAGACACAGUUACUGGGGUAACUAUUAUGCAAAUCAAACCUAAAAGGUUUGAUAUAGGCCCAAUUAUUAAACAAGAAGCAAUUCCUGUACCACCUCAGUGCACAGCAAAGGAAUUGGAAACAGUAUUAUCAAGAUUGGGUGCCAACAUGCUUAUUUCAGUUUUGAGAAACUUGCCUGAAAGUUUAAAAAAUGAAAGGCAGCAACCCACUGAAGGAGUAACAUAUGCUCCCAAGAUCUCUGUUGCUAUGAGCUGUGUAAAAUGGGAGGAACAAACUCCAGAGGAAAUAUUCCGGCUGCAGCGUGCCAUUGGCAGCAUGAUUCCAUUGCAGACACUCUGGAUGGGUAGCACCAUUAAACUUCUGGAUUUGGUGGAAGUUAACACUUCAGGCCUUGCGGAUCAGAAAGUAAUGGGACAGUCUGUUCUUCCAGGAACAAUAACAUACCACAAACAGUCACAAAUACUCUUGGUUUGUUGCAAGGGUGGCUGGAUUGGUGUACGGUCAAUUAUAUUCAAGAAAAAACUUACAGCUACUGAUUUCUACAAUGGUUAUUUGCACCUUUGGUUCCAGCAGAAUUCCCAUGCCCAGUUGAAGGACUGCAGAUUUCAAACUCUCAACCUUACAAAAAAGAAACAUGGGGAAAAAUCUAAAUUGUUGCUGUGCAACAGUGCAUUGAGUAUUUAGGGAAAGGAUGGACAAAAAAAAAAUCUUUCUGUAAUUUAAGAAAUCUCAUUUAUUAGGAAACACCACUUCAUUUGCUAAGGCAGCACUGUUCUGGGAAGAGAAGGUUGUUUGCUACUUUGGAUUUUAAAACCAUCAACAGCUUUUUCUUUACAAAAACCUUGUCUACUUUAAUGGCUAAGGUAAUUUAUUAAUAAACACAUUUUUGUUUUAUUCAGGAGUAAAUAAAAUUGUGUGCUAUUGCAAAAUGGAUAAAAUUACCUAUCAUUCCAAGAGCAUAUACAGUUCAUUGAUAUGUUUAUGGAUAUAGGUGUGCCAUACUUUACCCACUGAAUGUGUGCUUUAAAAACUGUUUGUGGGGCAGCUAGGUGGCGCAGUGGAUAAAGCACCAGCCCUGGAUUCAGGAGUACCUGAGUUCAAAUCCGGCCUCAGACACUUAACACUUACUGGCUGUGUGACCCUGGGCAAGGCACUUAACCCCAACUGCCCUGCAAAAAAAAAAAAAAAAAAUUAAAAAAAAAAACCUUUGUAAACUCAAUUUUUGAAAAUUGAAUUAUUUCCCCUUUAAGAUGUUUUAUACUUUUAGAGGCUAUGCUUUAAUUCCAUUUCUCAGUGAUCUUUAGUUAGUAGUGAACUUUAGGUUUCUCUCCCCUCCUUCACCUCCAGCUUCCUUACAGGUAACUAAUAUAUAAGUAAACAUUUAAAUACAUGAGGAGAGCUCAUUCACUAAGAGCUUGUUUCUUUAUGAAUCCUCUUAUAAAGCAGAAAAAUCCUUCUGUAAUAUGAAUAAUUACUGAAAAUUAGUUUGAUGAAUUCAAAAUUGAAGUAUCUAUAUCUUAUCUUUUUUGCCUCCAAGAAUGGAGUGGAAGGAGCUUUUAUCACCUUUUGGAUUUCUGUUUGGUGACAUAAUCAACUUCCCAGAUUUUCCUUUCUGAGUUCCCAUCAGAUAAAUCCUAUCUCACAAUACAGAGUUAUCACUUUGUAUCUAUUUACUUAUAUUCCCAAAUGAAGAGGGACUGGUAGAUUUGAUGCCUUUGAGGGUUAAAUUUCCAGAGUGGUGAUUCCUGGAAAGUAUCUGCAAGAUGAGGUGAAGUCCCUUAUCCAAGGCCAUACAAGCUGGUAGCCAAGUUGGGAAUUUCUAGAACCCAGAUGUUCUGACUCCAACUCAGUGCUCUUUCUAUCACCACAAUUGAUUUUUCCAAUAAAGUAAAACAAAUUAUAUUAAGUACCACAACUCCUAUUUUUCUGAAGUGAGGAAUCAUAUUAAAAAGGUAGUUAGCAAAUUCUCUGCCCCAAAGUGGCCUUAAAUCUAAAAAGAGAAAUUGAGCAAAUGCUAUCUAGGGAUAUAAAAGCAAAUGACUUAAAAAGAAAACAUAUUAAAAGGCUAUAGCAUGCACUGAAGUAUAUUUGGAUGGGAGGAAAGGAAGAACAAAAAAGAGGUAAAUGAUUAGGUUAAUAUCAGGUUAUUGGGGGCAGCUAGGUGGCGCAGUAGAUAAAGCACCGGCCCUGGAUUCAGGAGGACCUGAGUUCAAAUCCAAACUCAGACACUUGACACUUACUAGCUGUGUGACCCUGGGCAAGUCACUUAACCCUCAUCACCCCACCAAAAAAAAAUCAUGUUAUUAAACUCCAAAACUCAGACUUGAGCAGAGUUCUAAAAGCAGUUUACCUGAGAAGGAAUAGGGAAGGAGUUUCCACACAUUGACUAUAUACAGUGUGAGUAUCUCACUUGAUGAGACCACUGGUUUCAGACAAAAUUGAAAUGUUAUGGGAGAGGUCAGUGCACCCUACCAAGUGACCUAGCAUAUUCCUUUAUCAUUAGAGAGCAGUCCCUCAAACAGUUACAACUUAAAAUGAUGCUCAGAAGCUCCCUAACAGGGAGCUAACUUGGGCAGCCUUUUAGCCCCAUCACAUAAUUUACAUUUACCAAAGGUCCACAUUCUGCCUUAGGCCUGAAGAGAAUUCACUGCCCAAAUUGUAAGGGAAUUUCAGAAUCUCUGAAUUAAACAGGCCCUGAAACCAUGUAGUCCCACCCACAUCUGAACAAGAAUCAUUUAGGCCUGACAAUUGGUCCUCUAAUCUUUGUCCAUUUCACUUUUGGAUAGUUGUCAUUCUUAGGAAAUAUUUCCUUACAUUAAGCCUAAAUUCAUCUCUGCAGCUUCUGUCUAUUGCUCCUAGUUCUUUCUUCUGGUGCCAAGUAGAACAAGUUCAACAUCUCUCGGAGCAGUCCUUUAAAUAUUUCAAGAAAGCUAUAAUAGCUUUCUCUGGCCUUUUCUUCUAUCCUGAAAGAAAUCCUGAAAGACAGUUCCCAGCACCAUCCAUCUUAUUAGCAGGGCUACCAUUUGCCAAAAAAUGGGAUCAAUGGCCUUUCAAUGACCAAACACCCCAAAUUAGGGAUGAUACCAUCUUUUAUAGUGAUCAACAAGAUGACUGAACAAAAUCUCAAGCAACACAGGUGUGUCUUCUGAUUGGCUAGACAUUUUAAUGAGGAGGUAUGAUGAAUGUUAGCUCCCAAUUCCAUCACAGGGCGGUGAGAGCAAUUCUCAGGUGACUGAAGUUGCUACAACAGUUUUAAAUUGAGAUUGACUUUUAGGUCAAGAUUCUCUGAAAAUUGGAUGAUUGGUGAAAUUACAAGUCACGAGAAUAGAAUUGUUAGCCAAGUGACCAGAGGUUACCUGAAUGAACUUGUGAGAACAAGGGAUUUGGGCACAUACAGUGAAGGAGAAUAUUAAAUCUAUGCUAGCUUGAUUAAGUAUUAAAAUGAAAUUAAAAUCAGUUUUCAGUUUCACACUUCUCCAGGUUAAACAUCCUUAGUUCCAUCAACUCAUCCACGUAUGGCAUCAUUUCAAGCACGACUCCUAAAAUGUGCCUCCCUUACCUCCAAACUUAGUGAUAUUCCAGGUGCGAUAGGGCCAGGGCACCUGUCAAUACAGACUUCAGAUUCUACUAAUUCUCUUGGUUGCCAUAUUAUACAUCACUGCCAUAUCAGUUUGAAGUCCACUAAAAACCUUAGUCCUUUUUCAGACACACUGCUGUCUCAUUAUACCUUCCAUCUUGCACUUGUCAGCUGGGUUGUUUUGUUUUUUUUUUUUAACUCAAGGGUAAGAGUUGACAUUUAUCCCUAUUAAAUUUUAUCUUGCUAUAUCUGGCCCAUUGUUCUUACCUGCCAAGAUCUUUUUUAAUUUUGUCAUUCUUCCAGUGUAUUAGUUAUUCCUUCUCCCAUCUGAGAGCAAGCUUGGUGACUCAAUGGAUAGAGUAGGGUGCUGGGCCUGCAAUCAGGAAGACCUGAGUUCAUAUAUGACUUUAGACACUGUAGCUGUGUGUUAGUUCAAAUCCAGUCUCAGAUACUUACUAGCUGUGAACAAGUCACAAUCUGCCUCUCAGGGUUAUAAAGAUCUAAUGACAUAAUAUUUGUGAAGCACUUAGAUAUAAACUUUAGCUAUCAUCAUUAUCAUUAGAUUUAUAUCCUUUGCAAAAUACAUAAGAAAGCUAUCUGUGCCUCAAAGCAUUGAUGUUAAAUUAUACUGGGCCAAGCAAAUCCCUGGAAUACCUAAGAGACCCUCCACGUUUACAUGGAACUAAUAAUGACAGUAAUUUUUGUUGUUCAGUUGUGUCCAACUCCUCGUAACUGUUCAUGGUAUUUUCUUGGCAAAGAUACUGGAGUGGUUGGCCAUUCCCUUCUCCCAUAGAUCUGUUUGUCAGGCAAUCAGGAUCACACAGCUAGGAAGAGUCUGAGGCUGAAUUUUAACUCGGGUCUUACCUGACUCCAGGUGCAGUGUUCUAUCCACUGAGCCUCCUCUAAGUUCUAAGCUUAUCUCUUUUUAUCUGGAACUACAGCUCUUUUGGUUGUCACAGUAACACCAUCGAGCAGUAGUUUCUGAACUUUGUGUAAUAGCAUCCUUUUUUAAAAACAAAAAAAUAUUUCCCCCAUACACCUUUCAUAAAACAUUCUCAGUUUUUAUUUUAUUCAGAUUAAAUGAUAAAUCUAUUGCAAUUUUUAUAGCACAAAAAUUAUCCUUUCCCCUGGACACUAACAUUUGCUUUUAGAUAGUAAGGAACCAAAUAAACUUGUAAAUAAACUUAAGAAUAUUUUCCUUGAGGAAAUAUUUCAACGGUAUUUUUGUAACUUUAUAUCCUUUAUAUUUUAUAUAUAUAUAUAUAUAUAUAUAUAUAUAUACACACAUAUACAUAUACCUUAUUUUAAUUGUUUCUAUUAUUUCUCUUCCUCAAAAGUUAAAAAAAAGUUUCAAUUUACUGCUUGUUCUUUAGCCAGGGAACUUGGAUUGCUGGGUAGUUAUUCAGUGUCAUUCUGCUUUAUUAUUUGACAUUCCAUAGAGUUCAGCAGAUAAAAGUUGUACUAGAAUCCAGGCCUCCUGAAUCCAUUAAUAUGUGUGUGUUUGUAUGUAUAUGUAUAAAUGUGUAUAUACAUAUAUGUUUAUAUAUGUAUUUGUGUAAUUACUAAUUUAAUUAGGAAUGAGAACAGGACCUGAAAAUUUCAAAUACAUAGAAAGUUCCUGGUGUGGCUCUCCCUCUACUCAUGCAGGUCAGCACCUUCUCCAUAACAUAGUAUUAGUGAGUUGCCUAGGGUCACACAGCCAGUGUAUAAGAGAUUCUAUUUGAAUCCAGCCAGUUCUCAUACAUUACAGCAGGGCUUCCCAACCUUUCUCCAUCCCUAUGACCUUUGGCUUUCAGUAGUCUUCUCUGUACUCCCCAUUCAAUGUGAGAAUAAAGAAAUUCUUGAGUUCACCAUGCCUACACACAUAAAAAAAAACAUUUAUCUCAAUAGGAUAAUACCAUUAUUUACCAAAUAUUCCCUGGAUUCCUUUGAUAAGCUCCUAUCCCAGCUUGGGAACAUCUAUGUUAUGGCAUGCCACCUCUAUGCAUUGUAAUGAACUAUAUAUAGGACCUUACAUGGUGUUUUGUAGUCUGUUUUGUAUGCAUCCUUGUUAAAUAGCAUUUCCUUAUGACAGACUAGAACAGCCAUCCAAUUUCUUUUUUUAGUUCUACAACUUCUGAACUUUGUGAUCGAUAGCACAAUGCUACGUUGGUGUAUGCAAAUGAAAACAACUGCAAUUUCACCUCAUGUGAUACAAAUUGGCAAAGAGGAUAAAAAGGGAGUCACGAGCAUUGGAGGGAUUAUGAAAAGCCAGGCACACAAAUAACAGCACUGUUUGGAGCUGUGAAUUGAUCCAGAAGACAAUUUGGAAUUAUGUGAGGAAAGUGACUAAACAGUUCCUAUUUCUUUGACUCAGCAGUCCUACUAAUGAGCAUAUAUCCCCAAAGAGGUAAGAACCCAGAAAGAAGAGCCCUAUAUCAAAAUAUUCACAAUAACUAUUCUGGUAGCAGGAAAUGGGAAACAAAGUGGGUGCCCAUCAACGAAGGAAGAGCCGGACAAACUGGUAUGUGAAAGUAAUGGAAUGUCAUUGUGCAGUAAUGUGAGAAAUUCAAAGAAACAUGGGGAGAUUUUGUGAACUGAUGUACAACAAGCAGAAUAAGAAAAAUGUACAUGGCCAUCAAUGUGAAUGAAAAUUGAGUAACUGAAAAGGUUACAGAUAAUGUAACAUGCCCUCCCCUCCUCUUGAUAGAGAGGCAAGGGACUAAGAGAGCAAACAUUACCUGUGUUGUCAGAUGCAGUCACUAUCAGUAAUUUGCUUAACUCUUUGUCACAAGAGUGGCAGGGGGGCAGGGGGACGAAGAAUGACAUAUCCAGAAAUUACUCUUUUAAAAACAAGACAAAAAUGAAUUUUUUUUCCCCUAAAAACAAAAAUCCAACACAAUGUAAAGGGAAGGUUUGGUUUUGACAGUGAGGAAUUGGCAUUUGUAUUCAGUGUUGGGUCUGACAUAUGUACUUUCAUAACACUGCAGUUGUUUGUCUUCCUGGGAAUCUCUCAAAUAGUGACAGCUUUAAAUUGAGAUUACUCCUUUUAAAAAAAAAUACAAAACAGGUUUUCUGUUCCUUGUCUUUCACAUGCCUAUUCAUCAGGAAGUUUUUUACUGUAUGUGGGGUUGGCAGUAAGACGUACUGCUUUGGAAAUUCUGAGAAUCCAUAGGGUUGUUUGUUAAAAGCAUACAUCAUGGACAUUUCAAUUUUCAAGUGAGUUUCUAACAGAUGACAGUAUUGUGAGAGCCAUCUGGUGGACCCUACCCACAACAGCUGCCAGCCCUCUCACUAACUAUUUAAAUCAACAGUGAGUGAUUUUUUUGUAUCCCAGCCACGAAGUCUCCUCGUGCUUAAGUGGGCUUCUGUCUUGAAAAAUAUGCUACAAACAGUUGUGAUUUAGGGGCAGCUGGAACAUACAGAUAAUAAAUAUAUCUUAUUCUUGUAAAGAAUUAGAGAAUAUGCCUACCAUUUGUUAUUGCAUAAUUAAAAAUACAAAUGUCAGCACAUCAGUAAUGUCAUUUCAAGGAAAUACAAUCAAAUUAAUGUAUUUGGUCCAAAUGUUAUCUUUAAUAUAAUGAUAAAAGACAAGGACAGUUUUUACAGUAUAUAUAGAUAAGGCUUGGCAAGUAUGGAUGUACCAGUAAUUUGUGUCCUGAAGGUUUAGUUGUAGCUGGCAGAAGGGGUGGGUAGCACUAGGUUUAAAUGAUAUGUAAUUGUGAUACAAGAUUGAUCCUGGAAAAGAGUUGAGAAAAGAUAACCUUUCUUUGCAGAGGUGGGAACUCCUGUAGACAUUGGCAGAUGCAGUUACCAAGUUACCUGAUUUUCAUGAACUGCUUUUUUUCCUUAUUUUUUCUUCUUUGAUAUAAGGGCUUGGCUCAUUGAGGGUGGGUCGAAUAUGUUAAGGUAGUUAAAGCCAAAAGAUAUUUUAAAAUAUAUAACUUUAUAGUCGGAAGAAAAGUUUAAGAUUAUCUCAUAAAAUAAUAGACUACUAAUAAUAGUUCAUAUUUAUAUAUUAGUUUACAAAUCCAUUUUCUCAAUAACCUUGUGAGGUAGGUUUUGCAAAUUAGGGAUGUGGAAAUUGAGGCAUAGUUUGAUUAAGUGAUAUGCCUAGUAAGUAUCUCUAGUAAGUAUUGGAGCUGGGACCUAAACCCAGGUGGUCUAACUCAAAAUCUAAGUCUUCGUUCUGGACACUAUGAUUAAAAUUGUAUUAGCUUUUGGGGGCUGCCAAGUUAUACCACUGACUUGUAUUGAGUUUCCAAGUCCUAUGUCCUCAGCAGAUGAACUGUUUUCUAACGACUUCUUGACCUUGUACUCCUGUAGUUAAAUUUUAACCUAUUCUGUUUGGGCCAUAAUUGUAUUAAAAGUUAUUUUAUCUUUUGUUUUUUAUAUCUGUAUAUCCCAUAUAUCCCUCCCAGAGACCCAUCCCUUAUAACCAAAAAAAUUUUAAAGGAGAAAAAUUUCAAUAAAACCAAUAGUUUUUAAAAGUUUGGCAUUAUAAGUAGUGUUCCACACUGGUGCUUUUUGGCUUUUUAUAUCCUUCCUUUGGGGGUCAAACUUGGUUAUUAUAGUCUCACAGUAUUCAGGUUUUUAAAAAAUUAUUUUGUUGUACUUCUUCCAUUUUCUUUGUUGUAAUUAAAUACUUAAAUAUAUCACUUG